GUUUUUGAGUGUUGCUCCUUUAGGUGAUCGAGGGUUUUAGAGAGUUGGGGCCUGGUUGAGGAGGUGCAGCAGCAAAAGUAGAAGACCGGAGGUCAGAAGCUCUGCGAAUUACUUCCGUUUUUGCGAAAUGAAUUUCAACAACUUGAAGGUCCCCAAGGUUCCGGGAGGAGGUGCGGCUGCUGCUUUGUUGAAGGUUGGAGUUAUCGGAGGCCUUGGUCUAUAUGCAGCCUUUAAUAGUCUUUACAAUGUCGAGGGAGGUCAUCGUGCGAUUGUCUUCAAUCGUCUAAUUGGUGUCAAAGAUAAGGUUUAUCCGGAAGGAACACAUUUGAUGAUCCCAUGGUUUGACAGACCAGUCAUUUAUGAUGUUCGUGCACGACCACAUCUUGUUGAGAGUACUUCAGGAAGCCGUGACCUCCAAAUGGUCAAAAUUGGUCUUCGAGUUCUUACAAGACCUGUCCCAGACCAAUUACCUACAGUAUACCGAACCCUGGGUGAGAAUUAUAAUGAGAGAGUCCUACCUUCUAUUAUCCAUGAGACUCUGAAAGCUGUGGUUGCACAGUACAAUGCCAGCCAACUGAUCACACAAAGAGAGGCUGUCAGUAGAGAAAUACGGAAAAUAUUGACAGACCGUGCAGCCAAUUUCAAUAUUGCAUUGGAUGAUGUGUCCAUUACAAGCCUAACAUUUGGGAAGGAGUUUACAGCUGCAAUUGAAGCUAAACAGAUUGCGGCUCAAGAAGCAGAACGAGCCAAAUACGUUGUUGAGAAAGCAGAACAAGACAAGAGGAGUGCUGUCAUUAGAGCACAGGGUGAAGCCAAAAGUGCCCAGCUGAUAGGUCAAGCUAUUGCAGACAAUCCAGCAUUCAUCACAUUGAGGAAAAUUGAAGCUGCAAGAGAAAUAGCACAGACAAUUUCCAACUCAGCCAAUAGGGUAUUUUUGAACUCUGAUGACCUGUUGCUGAACCUUCAGGAGAUGAAUUUGGAGAGCACACCUGGAAAGAAAUAGGCAAAAAGAGGUUAAUUUUGUGUCAUCCUAGUUAUUUUUUCCCUGAGUGUCAAAACCUUGGUCUCUUAGACAAAGUGAUAUUUAAAUUCAAUUCGAUGUCUGAAAAUGCGGGUUACAUGUGAAACAGAAGUUAGUGUAAAACGAAAAUAAGUUGACUUUUUGAACUCUUCAUGAAUGUUUACCUAGCGAUGCAAUUCCUUCCAAGGUCUUUUCUAUACAAUCCCUCAGUUUUGGACUUUUAUAUC